GAUAAAAGGGCAGAAGGGCCGUCCUAUGUGGUAGAGAUAUUUAUGCUUCAUUAUCUUAUAAAUUACUGUUGUUGUUGUUCUAGUUAUGGAAUUACUUAAUUUUCUCUCUAAUUGCAGGGGAAUGAAAAGUUGACCGAGGUAUAUAGAAAUUUUUCUUAUAAUCUUUUAAUGUUAUGAAAUUAAUAUGUUAACUGUUAGAGAAAGCUGCUGAAAACAACUCCUAGAAUGUCCAACAUGUUUGUUUAUUUAUUUUCAUGUUAUCCAUUGAUAUCUGUUUCUCAAAUCAUGUGUCCUUCAGUGGGAAGCUAUCUUAGGAUGCGAGGAAGUUGCCAUGAAUGAACCUAGUCACCUUGAUGAUCCUGUAGUGGAUGAUGACGAGAAUUAUGACUACAGGUUGAUCAAUAUUAAAUGGCUUUGUCUACAGGUUAUCUCAUCUCAUCGCUUCCUGUCUGCAACCUUCAACACGGCAGAGCCCUCAAGGAAGAAACUGCCUUCUGGUGCAAAACCGAGCAGGCAUGCAGUAACUCCGUCCAUCACCUCAUUUCUGCGACUUCCUCGUCCCCAUUUCUUCCGGAUGUUUGACUACCCUCAAGCGCUUGGUGGCCACCAUAACGCUCACAAACACGAGCGAGCAGCUCAGCAAAACUCUCCAGCCACCGAACAGCAGCAAUACCAUCCACUUGCUCUGUUCCCCGCUGAUCAACAUCAACAACAUACCCCAUCAAAACCAUUUCCCCACUCCCCGGGCAUGGACCAUACCGUGGGUGCAGUCGUGUUUGUUAACGUGUGGCAGGUACCAAUCCAGCCGCAGCAGCACCUUCUUUCCAGCUCAGUCCCUCAUCAGAGUUUUCUGGGCGUUUCGACUAAUCCCGACGCUCUCUCCCCUACCAAGGAUGUGGAUGAUUUAUCUGCCGAUAUUGACCUCACCCUUCGCCUGUGAUGCAACGCGUUUCUCUUUCUCUCAACUUCUUUAAUCAUAUUAUAGUGUCAUAUCUAGAUCGACCGGUUGGGAUCAGUAUGAUCAUGCAUGGUGACCAUGUUGGGGCUUCAUUCCUCAGAGUUUAAACUCUAAUUUAGUUUUCCAUGUACCAAUAUAUAUAUAUAUAUAUAUAUAUAUGUAGAUUCUGCUGAUGUAGUUUCAACUUUAUUUUAAUAAUAUCUCUAUUUUUGU